AUGAAAGGGUUUAAUUUACAGGAAGAAGAAGAAUUUUAUUCAGAUUCAAUAGAAUGUAGUGAGUUUGAGGAUUCUGUGGAAAUGAAAAGAAGCCAAGAUAUUCAAAGUGAAAAAUCCAAAGAGGAUGAUGAAAUAGAACAGGAGGAUGAUGAAUACGAGAUUCUGAACUCGCAUAAAAGGUUUAGAAAGAUUGAAUCUUCACAGGAAAGUUAUACACAAAAUAGUAGUUUUAAUUACUUAAAUAGUGAAAUUGAGGAUAUUAAUAAUAGAAUAAAAUCAAUAAACAGUAGUAUUGAGAAUACUAUAAUGAAUUCAGGAAAUUUUACGAACCCUGUUUGUAUUUUGGAACAUAUACAUACAAAUAGCAAGAAUUCGAAAAAAAAGAUUUUGGUUCAAGUUGGAAAUAGCGGAAUAAAGAUUGGAAGAAAUCCUGAUUGUGACUUUCCUGGUAAAACAACUCCAAAUAAGAAUUUACUGAAGCUAUCUAGAAAUCACGCUUAUAUAUUUGUUAAGAAGAACAGUCAAGGUAAAGACCAAAUUUGUCUUGUUGACUGCAAUUCUGUUAAUGGGACUUAUGUUAAUAAUGUUAAGAUUAAGAACAAGAUUUUAAAUUCAAAUGAUAUUCUUUCUUUUGGAUACAAAGACGAAGAUAACCUAAAUUUUGAGGAUAGAUUGUCUAAAAAUAAUCCAGAAAUUAACAAAACUUCAAGUAGUGAAAACUACUGGAAAUUUAAAGUAAUAUUAUGCAAUAAUUAA